AUGGGUCUCGCAGCGCCGAAAAACCGAACGAAGAUCUCGAACGAUCCCCAGAACACUAACUGGGCAAACAACACCUCGCGCUUCGGCCAUCGCAUAUUGACCUCGCAAGGAUGGCAGCCCGGAAACUCUCUCGGUGCGACGGAUGCCUCCCAUGCUGCUCAUUAUACCGCCGCCUCGCAAUCGCAUAUUCGCGUGUUUCUCAAAGACGAUAAUCUUGGCUUGGGCGCAAAGCGAGGGAGUGAGCGCGCGGAAAACUUUGGUCUCGCAGGACUAGAGAGCAUUCUUGGGCGUCUGAAUGGCAAUGAGGCCGAGGUCAAGAAGGAAGAAGAAAGGCGAGAGGAGAUUGAGAAAAGGGCGUUCGUGUACCGCAAGUACGGCAUGAUGAAUUUUGUUAGCGGCGGUUUUCUGGUGGGCGACAAGAUCACGAAGAGCUCCGAUAUCAAGAAGGAAGUGGAGAUCAAGUCUGAGAUCAAGUCUGAGCCAGAAAGCGGCGACGGCGCAUUGGACAAGAAAGAUAAAAAGAGGAAGCGCGAUGACCGCACCGACGACGAGCUCAAGGUGAAGCGCAAGAAGAAGAGCGAGGACUUGCGCGACGAAGCAGAGAAGGGAAGCGACAAGUCGAAAUCGAAGAGGGACAAGAAGGACAAGAAAGACAAGAAGGAUAAGAAAGAUAAGAAGAAGGACAAGUCGAAGAAGUCAAAGCGCGCGUCCUCAUCAGACGCGGAAUCCUCCACCGACGAUGUCGCUGCUCCGGCAUCUGAUCCCGAACCGCUUACGGACAAAGAGCAACGGAAAGCUGAGAAGAAAGCACGCAAGGAGGAGAAGAAAGCCAAGAAGGCUCUGAAGAAAGCAGCCAAGAAAGCAGCGAAAAAGGACAGCUCGGACGACUCCAGCUCUGAAAGCGAGGAAGACGAGAGCACGCCGACAACGAUUUCGUCGGUUCCUCUGUCAAAAACAUCCACAUUGGUACCUGCUGGUUUAUCAUACACUCCAAGAGGCAUGCAUGCUGUUAGGCAGAAAUGGAUCCGUCAGAAGAAGGCUGCGACUAUGGAUGCACAAGCCAUGAAAGAGAUUUUUAUGAUCAAAACACCAUCAUAG